AUGACUUGGACCUCGAAGCAAACGCUCUUACAGCCCCCUCGCCUACAGUACAAUGCCCUCUCUGGCCCGCCACCCCCCUGUCUCUCCCUCCUGCUCCGCCCCAUCCCCGCCUUCUGCCAGGCCCAGCAGCAGCUCACCAUCCUCAAUCUCGCCUCCAACGCCCUCUCCGGCCCGCCCACCCCGCUCUCCUCCCCCUCCUGCUCCGCCUCCCUUCAGGCCCUCUACCUCUCCUCCAACCGCCUCUCCGGCCCCAUCCCCGCUACAAUCAGCUCCUUGAGAAGCCUCACGCGCCCCCGCCUCGAUAACAACGCCCUCACGGGACCGAUCCCAGCCGGGUCACAGCACUGGCUGCUGGGGCAGGCGAUUGUGGGCAAGGGCUCGAGAUGGAAAGGGAGAAGGGUGACAGGGAAGGGUGCUGCAGCAGCAGGGCAGCUGCAGCAAGCGAUUAAUUCUCCUGAUCCCCCCCCCCUCUCCUCUCUCACUGCCCUCCUGCACUCUCCUCCCGCACUCUCCUCCCUCCCUACUCUCCCAUCCCUCACUUUCUUCAUAGCAUUGCCGCUGCGGCAUCUUUCCCUUUCUCUCCUCACUCCUGACCUCCCUCCUCUUUUCCCUUCCUUUCCCUUUCCCCCUCGUGCUCUGACCCUCUCUCUCUCCCCAACCACCAUGCAAUUCCAUCGCUCUCACCUGACACCUUCCACGCCACCGCAACAGGCAGCCAAGGAAGGGGGCUUCAAACAGCAAGAACCGCCACCGCCUUCCACACCAGAAGCGCCGCAUUUUCAGCAGCAGGCAGCCAAACGGGGGAAGGGGGGGGCAGCGAACAGCAAGAAGCGCCGCGCUUCCAGUCGACGAUAG